UAGGUACGCUUUAGAGACUAGUGGUGAUUUUGUGGAGUAGAGCCUAUGCCACAUGCCCACUAGGGUCACCUGCAGUCCCAACGACGGUUUUAUUUACUUGGAGAAGUCUUCACUAGCACUACCUUCUACGAAGACUAUUUGACCAUUCUCCAUAUGGAAAUUGGCUGAAACUCCACGUUUUCAAAAAAAUGGAACAAGAGGUCCUUAACAUUAUAAUCGCUGUAGUAGUCGUACUACUUACACUCGUCUUUUUUCUUAUAUACCGAUGGGGUAAAACGACCAAAAGAACGGUUUUACUCACUGGAAUCUCCGACAGUGGAAAAACGCUCAUUUUUACCAGGCUGGUACAGAACAAAUUUGUUCAUACUCAUACCUCAAUCAAAGAAAAUUCGGCAGAGUACACAACCACAAAGGAUAGAACAGUCCAAAUUGUUGACAUUCCUGGGCAUGAAAGGCUGAGGGGAAAGUUUUUAGAACAGUACAAAAAGAACGCUCGUGCAUUUAUUUAUGUAAUUGAUUCACUUACCUUACAAAAGGAUGUAAGAGAUGUGGCAGACUAUUUAUACACACUUUUAACUGAUGGCGAAACAGGAAAAUGCAGAAAUGUGCUAAUUUUUUGCAAUAAACAAGAUCACGCGACUGCAAAAGGGAUACCUGUUAUUAAAGCCGUAUUGGAAAAAGAACUAAAUACAGUAAGGACGACCAGAACACAUUCCCUCCAGAGCACAGAUGGGAGCGAUUCAGGUGAAAUUUACCUUGGCAUCAAAGACCAGGAAUUUGAUUUUGCUCACCUCCUGCCAACAGUAGUCUCCUUUGCUGAAGGCUAUGCCUUGAACAAAGAUAAUGAAGCAGCCAAGGCAAACCUCGAGCCUUUGAUUGAUUGGAUUGGACAAAUUUCUUAAAUCGGACUGAUUUUAUUUAUUGCAUUUUCUAAUUUUUUGUUACCUAGAUAGUCCAAUAAAGUUUUUUUUUAAAUUAA